AUGUUACAUAUAUUGAAAACUAAUGUACAUACAGUAACUACAGUCUGCGACGUUCAUUUGAAGGAUAGAUUUGACAAAUAUUUUGACUAUAUUUUGGACGAUAACUACGAUUCUUUUGUUGUGUACGCUAAACGUGAUAAUGUAAUUACUAACUACUUCUAUGUCCAUUUAACAAGAACUCAUAUUUGGGAAAGCAGUUUUCGAAAGUGUCAUCCAUCAAUUAGAAGCUGGUAA